AACGGCUGGCCGGAAACAGCUGCUGGAGCAGAUAAUAUUUGGCGCUAAAAUUCGCAUUUGCAGAUUGCGUGAGAAGGGAAGAGCAGCAGAUCGCCGAACGACCAAGAAACUUUUUUCCUCUAACGUCGCACACUCAAAGGCUUCGGAGAUGCCGAGCACUCGCUCACAAGGUCUCACGCAGACCACCCUGCCCUUCCCCAGGCGCAAAUCCGCCAGGGUGGCGCCCAAGCCCAAAAGAAUCUUGUCUGAGAAUUCUGAGCCCGUCAAGACGAACCCGGACCGCUUAUUACCGCAGUCGCCAGGGGGAGCAGAUGCGGCGCCACUUCCGAGGCUUCCCCUCAGCCCGCGGAAACGCACGGGUCCCGAGAACGCCCUCAACAUGGACGCCGCUCUCUCGGCGUCUCCUCCGAAGCAGAGCAAAGCGUCGGCGCGGAUGGCGAAGUCAUCGCCACGGCGUUUGGCCUUUGACGAAAACUCUCCCGUCCCGGAUCGUCGCAACCCGGCGCAGUCUUCUCCCGCCGCCGCCUCGUCGCCGAGGCGACGGGAAUCCGGAAGCCCGGCCCGGCCGAGCCCCGACGGCGACUCGGCGGCGGCGCUGUGCCGACACGUUGCCCAGAAGGGCAGCUCGGCGAGCGUCAAGCAGGCGCUGCACACGGCCGUGCCCGAGCGCCUCCUGUCCCGAGAAGCGGAGCGCGCCGCCAUUCGGACCUUCCUGGAGGAGAACGCCGUGCGGCGGCGGCCCGGCAGCCUCUACAUCUCCGGGGCUCCCGGGACCGGAAAGACGGCCUGUCUCAACUGUGUCCUGCGCGACAUGAAGGAGGAGUUGUCGCAGGUGCAGACGCUGGUGGUGAACUGCAUGAGCCUGCGCAGCUCUCGCGGCAUUUUCCCACUUUUGGCCAACAGGCUGAGAGUGCCCGACGGUCGCAAAGGUCUGCAGAGGCACCUGACCGGGCCCGGACCCGCUUUAUUGUUGGUUCUGGACGAGUUGGACCAGCUGGACAGCAAAGCCCAGGACGUCCUGUACACCAUCUUUGAGUGGCCGCACCUGCCCAAGUCCAGACUCUGUCUCGUCGGAAUCGCCAACGCUUUGGACUUGACGGACCGCAUCCUGCCCCGCCUGCAGGCCAGGGCUCAGUGUCGCCCCCUGCUGCUCAACUUCCCGCCGUACAGCAGAGAGCAGCUCGGCGCCAUCGUGCAAGACCGACUCGCGCAGGCUUGUGCAGGGGGUAUUUUGGACGCAGCGGCCGUGCAGUUUUGCGCUCGUAAAGUUUCCGCCGUGUCGGGAGACGCCAGGAAGGCUUUGGACAUCUGCAGGCGAGCGGUGGAGAUGGUCGAAUCUGAACACAGGAAGAAGGCGGACCAUCACACGGCUACAGAGUCGAGCAUGGUGGCCGGCGUCCCCCAGGUGGCGCGCGUCCUGUCCGAGGUCUACGGCGACCGCAUGGCGUCGGGGGCGGGCGACGGCGGGGAAAGUUUCCCGCUCCAGCAGAAACUUCUGGUGUGCUGUCUGCUCAUGCUGGUGCGCGACGGCAAGAGCAAGGAGGUGCUCCUCGGGAAGCUCCACGAGGUUCACAGCCGCCUGUGCUCGCAGCGCCGGGUGGGCGGAGUCAGUCAGUCGGAAUGUUUGUCGCUGUGCUCGCUCCUGGAGAGUCGGGGGGUCUUCGGGCUCAAGAAGGCCAAAGAAGCUCGACUCACCAAGGUGUUCCUGAAAAUCGAAGAGCAGGCGGUGGAAAACGCUCUAAAGGAUCGCACCCUGGUCGGCAGCAUCCUGGCGGCGGGACUGCCGUGAAUUUUUCUUCUUUUUUUUUUUUUUAAUUCAUUCUCUUUUUUGCAGAGAAUGUUUGGACUAUAAAAGUAAGCUUAUUGUUAACACUGUUGGUAAGCGCAUUUUUAUUUUUCCACCUGUUGGAUGUAUGAACUUUUGAAAUGGAUGCUAUUGAAUGUGUUUUAAUAAAGCAAAUGGUGGAUUUGUUGAAA